AAAUCAAGAAGAAAGACAACAAGACACGGUAAAGGUAAAGGCAUUAACAAAUGCAUUCUGAAGAUCAUGAAGCAUGGCGAGCAAGGCGGUAGCAAUGAAGGUAUGGGAAUGAGUAAAAAAAGGAAAAGAAGAAAAGGUCAAGGGAUCAAAGGGUUCCAUAUGCCACAUAAGAAAAUGAUGAUGCCAGUGAUCCUUGGCUUGUUGGCAGCUAAAAGUUUAUUGAUCCCUAUUGCUUUGAAAGCAUUAGCGUUUUUGUCGGCUAAAGGUUUGAUGAUGGGAUUCUUCUCCACGGUAAUGGCAUCCGUUCUAAGCCUGAAAGGGAUGUUCAACAACAACGGUUAUCAGAACCGAAAAGAUGAAGCGAAAACCCAAGUUGAAAUUAUACAAGUACCAACAAAGAGUGAAGAUCAUGUAUAUUAUGAUGACCAUUAUAGAAGGGGUGAUUAUAUUCAUGAAGAUCCUUAUAGAAGAGAAAUAUAUGAUGAAUAUAGGAGAGGAGAUGUUAUUCCUAUUGUACCUAUGAACAUGCCAAGUUCUAAGAGAAAUGGGUUUGUUGGAAAUGUAAAACCUUAAAAGCCUAAAAGUGAAAGGAAAGAAUAAAGACACAGAUCAGUUGUGGUUUUUAUUGAUUAUAGGCAAGAAACCUUAAUAUCAACCAAUGUGUCUAUCCCAUAGAUUUAAUGUAAAGGUACUAUACUAAAUCUAUGGUCUAUCCAGACUCCCCUUGAAAAGGCCCAUGUUCUUGAUUCUUCUUAGUAUAUUAGACAAAUAGAAUAUCACGUAAUGAUAAGUCCUACUAGGAAUAGUCAUGUUUGAUUAUAUACGCAUCUAUCAAGUGUAAAUAGUUGUAAAAACAGUGAAAUCUUUAUGUUAUGUACAUACACUUUACACCCUUUUCUGAUUGGGGUCGACGGAGACCACAGCCUUCGAUUUGCAACGAUCCUAAAACAUUUUUCUCCUCAUCAACACGCAUCAAUAUUUUCCAUACACAUUCGUCGGUUAAGGUCCUUGACAUGGCCUUUGUUUACGACGUCUUCAAUUUGGUAGUGGUAAAUUCGUCUUUGUUAGCCUUUUAUUUUUAAAU